AUGUUAUCAGUGGAAAACAUCCACGGAAAAAUAAAUUAAUAAUAUUAGCAAUAAAAAGGCGAAGUUUUAUCCUAAUUAAAUUUUACUUCAAGAAACAAUUCUCCAAUGCUUCCAAAAAGCUCCAAGCAAGAAUCAGAUAGAGCCUCUGAAACAAACUCAUCAAACAAUACAAAUCAACCAAAUUUCAACUAAGUCACUAUAGUAAAUUGCGAUGUAGAAGGAGAUUAAAAGGUUAUCAAAAUAGAAGCUUUAUAAAUGUCUAGCAGUAAAGUAUUACUAUGUGUAUUAAGUUCAAUUAUGACUUGCUUAGUGUUUGCAUUAUUUCUACGUAAUUCUUUGAGAAUCAGAUUGAAAUGUUUAUACAACAAAUGCUUAGUUUAUGAUGCAACCCACUUUUUGAUUACAAAUUUUGAUAAUAGCUAAGAAGUAGUUAAAAGAAUCCAGCAUCAAGACAAGACAAAAAUCUUAUUUAUAAAUCGCCACAUGAAGUAUCAGUAUUUCGAAGAUGAUUCCAAAAAAGCGUUUUAUCCAGUAUAUUAUCAUCAAAUUGAGAAAUAAACACUUAGAGAUAUAAAAGGUAUUCAUUCACAAGGAUUAACCACUUAAAAAGUUGAAGCCCACUUAUAAAAAUACGGAAACUGUGAAAUUCACAUUCCUAUUCCUACUAUCUUUGAAUAUCUAGCUGAAACUCUUACCAACAUUUUCUUUAUUUUCUAGUAUUUAACUGUACUUCUGUGGGUUUUAGAAGGUUAUCUUUUGUUUGCUGUUGUUAUGAUAGUCUCUUCCGUCAUAAUUACCUUAAUUAAUUACUUUUUGUUAAGACUAUCUUUGGACAAACUGAAAAAAUUCGCAAAAAUUGAUCUAAGAGUUAGAGUUAUUAGGAAUGGAGUAGAUUAGGAAAUCAAGUGUAAUGAUUUGCUUCCAGGCGAUAUCUUUUUUUAUAAAAAUGACAUGUCACUACCUUGCGAUUCUAUGCUUUUGAGUGGAGAUGUUUUAGUCAAUGAGUCCUCUUUAACUGGUGAAUCUCUACCAAUUCCUAAGAUAAGCAUUGAUCAAAAUGACUAAUAGGAUGAUUUUUUUCAUAUUGAAAAUAUGAAAAAUCACAUUCUUUAUGAAGGAACAAAAGUUAUCUAGAUAAAAGGAUAAGAAGUAAAAGGUAUGGUUUUAAGAACUGGAUACGCUUCCUUCAGAGGCAGUAUUUUUAGAGCUAUGCUUUAUCCUAAAUAAAUUAGUUUUAAUUUUUACAGAAACGGUAUCUAUUUCAUGCUAAUUUUAAUUGCUAUUGGCAUUAUUAUCUAUUUCAUAGAGCUUAAAUUUAUUAUUGAUACUGGAAUAGCUACAACUCUUAUUAUUUACAGAUUCUUUGAUACCGCAACUUGGAUGAUUCCUCCUGCUCUUCCUAUUUUUUUCAGUGUUUGUUAAACUGUCUCUUUGCUUCGUAUGGGCACUAAAAAGAUUCUGGCUACUGAUCCUGCUAAGGUUGUGGUAGCAGGUGACGUUUCUAUUAUGUGCUUUGACAAAACUGGAACUCUUACUAAAGAUUCUAUGGAAACAUAUGGAUAUUCUGAUCAUAAUUGCAAUAAAAUCAAGUAAUCUUUAGAAUACGAAAGUGAGAAAGAAAAAUUAUUACAUAAGUUCUUUGGAUCUUGCCAUGGCGUUUACCUUGUUAAUGGAAAAAAUUUAGGUGAUGAAUUAGAUGUUAGAAUGUUGGAGUUUUCUUAAUAUCAUAUAUUACCAGGAGAAUCAAAAGAUUUUAAAUUUUAAGUCUAGAGAAAUAGCGAUAAUUCCUUACUAACUAUCUUCAAAGUUUGGGAAUUUGAAAGCUCACUGCAAAGAAUGACCGUAGUUAUCAAAGAUGAGUAGGCAUAAAAGCUAUACGGAAUCGUUAAGGGCUCUCCUGAAAAAAUUUAUGACUUGUGUGAUAAAUCUAGCAUAAAUGAGGAAAACUUUAAGAAGCUCUUAAAUGAAAUGACAAAUAAGGGUUUGAGAGUAAUUGCUUUUGGAUACAAAGAAAUUUAAGAUAAAGAGAGUCACAGAGAUGCUAUCGAGCAGAAUAUACAAUUUUUGGGUAUCUUUGUCCUUGAAAAUAAACUAAAAGUUGAUACAGCUGAUGUAAUUAAGCGUUUACAAAAUGGAAAUAUUUUAUGUAAAGUCAUUUCUGGUGAUAAUCUCUUAACAACAAUCUAAUGUGCCAAAGAAGCUAACAUUUUACCAAGUGAUGCUUCUAGGGUAUUAGUUUGUAACUCAAUCAACGACUGCUAUGUUUAAUCUACCCUAGAGAAGAAGGACCCAUUAUAAUUAUUAGAAUCAAAUGAAGAAGUUAAGAGAUUUAAGAUUGGUAUAACUGGAAAGUUUUUAGAAGAACUUUAAAAUAUCUUUUGUAAAAAAUUUGGUGACUAAGAAUAGAAGAUUUUAUAGAAUCUUUUGAUCUAAAGUGUUGUUUUUUCUAGAUGCAAACCAAAGCAGAAGGCAGAAUUAGUUUAUCUUUUCUAAACUGUUUUGAAUGAAAAAGUUGGAAUGAUAGGAGAUGGUGCAAACGAUUGCUCUGCUAUAAAACAAGCUGAUAUAGGUAUUUCAUUCGCCACAACAGAUGCUUCUUAUUCUUCUCCUUUUUCCUAUUCAGAAACUAGUUUAGACUGUGUAAUUAAAAUAUUAGCAGAAGGUAGAUGCACUCUCAGUAGUAUGAUCGAAUGCUAUAGAUAUUAUUUGACAGUCAGUUUUCAUAAGUUUACAUUAGCCUGCAUCUUGAUUUUGGAACUUAGUUAUAUGUCAAGCAUACAAGUUAUAUUUAUUAAUUACUUUGUGAGUAUUCCUUAUCUUAUUAUGCUUUCUUUAAGCAAACCAUUAGAGGAUCUAACUCCAUACAAAUCAAUCUCUAAUAUGUUAGAUAUUGAAAACUUCUUCAGUGUGUUUGGUUAAAUUGUUUUAUCUGUUGGAUAAUUCUUGGCUCAUUAUUUCCACCUAAGAUCUUAGAGUUGGUACGUUUAAAUAACUCACGUAGCUGAUACUAGUAAGUUUUUUACUGAAGGACAGGCUGUUACUGUUUUAUUCCUUAGUGUUACCUUUGCCUUUGUCGUUUCAAUAGUUGCUUACUAUAUCUCAUAUCCAACAAAGUAGAGGAUCUACUAAAAUAAAAUUUUAUUUGUCACUACGCUAGCUGUUUAUAUUUAUAUGUUUUUCUUAUAUCUCCUCCCUUCUAAAUCUGGUGAGAAAUUCUUUGGUUUAGACCACUAAACUGUCAGUAAUACUCAUUUCAUGGGAAUGUAACUUAUAAUAGCUCUUUGCUUUGGUUUCGGUACUAUUUUAUAUGAAGAAUGUAUUGUUAAAAGGUAUCUUGGACCUCACAGAAAAAGUCUAAAUGCAUUAAGAAAAACAAAUUCUUUAACAUACUAAAAUGAAAAGAAUUGA